CGAGUGCAAUUUAUUUUUUGUUUGUUUUGUUUGCCUCUGCUUUGGGUAAAUCUAGAACCAUGGAGAUCUUCAACUUGAAAUUUGUGAUUUUCUGCAUUCGCGAGUAGCAUAUAAUGACGUAAUAAUUAUGCAAUGUGCUCUGGAUCGUGUUUUUGGUCUCUGUGAACUCUACCCAUCACAGCAUCAACCCAGUCUUUAUCUGGUACUACGGUUUUUGUACUUGUAAGUCUGUGUGUUGAUGGCGUUUUUGGAAAAGUUAUAUUUGACACCUUACAUUUUAUCUGAAGAUAUUGAUUUACGAAUUGAUCGAGGUACUAUAUUUGGCGUUAAUUCCACCGUUACAGACUUGUCAACUGCGUCGCCGGACUUAAUUUGAUUUGAAGGAGUGACAUUGGUUUUUGAACAUCUUCAUCAACGUUCGAUAUCAACCACAUUGUUACGAAGUGGUUGUCCUCUCUGGCAGACAAAUCGAAUCAGUCCUCGGUUAUAUCGACCACGCCAUGCAGAGUUACGAUUUUGAAAGCGAGGAUAACGCUGCAAAAUGGAGGGGACUAUUUGUACCGGCUUUAAGAAAGGUGCAGAGACAAGUACACCCGUCUCUGGUUGCGAAAGAGGAAGCGUUGGAAUAUAUUGAGUCAUUGAUAGUCAAACUGUUAUCUAUGUUGUGCGCUGGUCAGCCACAUAAUGUGCAUGAUGUGGAAGACAGAGUGCAGAAAACGUUCCCGCAUCCGAUUGAGACCUGGGCUAUCAAGGAUGCACUCAAUGCUCUGGAAAAGGGAAAGAAAAAAGCACCACUUGUGAUACCCGUUGAUAAAAUCCACCCUCUACUCAAGGAGGUUCUUGGUUAUAAAAUAGAUUAUCAGGUGUCUCUGUAUAUUGUCGCUGUACUGGAAUACAUCGCUGCUGAUAUACUGAAACUGGCUGGUAAUUAUGUUAGAAAUAUACGACAUGUGGAAAUGUCCUGCCAAGAUAUCAAAGUAGCCAUGUGUGCUGACAAGGUUUUGAUGGACAUGUUUCAUCAAGAUGAGGAGAUGUCAGUUUCUUCCCUAAUAGAAGAUGAACCUGUCAAAACGGGAACUCUGACUUAUGAUGAAGUAGUAAAAGAUAUGAUUAUGGAAGAGACUCAGUAUAUCCGUGAUCUCAACAUGAUUAUUAAAGUAUUCAGGGAACCGUUUGUACAAGAAAAAAGAAUGUUUACUGAAGAGGAUGUUAACGUGCUGUUUUCCAAUAUUUUGGAGCUUUAUGAGUUUUCAAUCUCACUGCUGGGAUUGUUAGAAGAUGCCAUUGAAAUGACAGAUGAAGGCAACACUAGUCCUGCAAUUGGAGAAUGUUUUGAAGAGAUGGUUGAGGCGGAAGAAUUUGAUGUGUACGUGUCUUAUGCUGAGAAAAUCAUGGACAAAAAGCACAAACAGAGAUUACUUGAAUUAUUGUCCAGACCCCAAGUGGCUCUUUAUUUCCAGUCUAUGGGUCAAGGGUUCAAAGAAGCUGUACAGUAUGUUUUACCCAGAUUAUUAUUAGAACCCAUCUAUCAUUGUUUACAUUAUUUUGAAGUUUUAAAGAUUUUAGAGAAGACAUCACCGUCCAGUGAUGAUAAGGACCGUCUUGCAGAGGCAUCUGGUUUGUUACAUGGGUUGCAAUUGAAUCUGGAUAGAGUAUGUAGUGGAUCCUUGCCAAAGAGGAAAGCUGGUGAGUCAUGGCUUGGCUUCAAUCGGAGGUUGAUAUCACGACAGCCUUCUAUCAAGAAAAUGAAUGAGAUACAGAAAAGUAUAGAUGGUUGGGAAGGAAAAAACAUUAGUGAAAGCUGCAAUGAUUUUAUAAUGGAAGGUGUACUUGGUAAAACUGGUAGAAGGGCAUACACGGAGCGACAUGUAUUUCUAUUUGAUGGCCUACUUGUGUGUUGUAAGCCUAACUCCAGAAGAUCAGUAACAGGCAGCACCCCAGAAUAUAGAUUGAAGGAAAAAUUCCUGAUGAGGAAGAUAACUAUCAAUGAUAAAGAAUUUACAGAUGGUAAGACAUGA